UAACAAAAUACACACUAAAUGUUCGCUAAGACAACGAAAACCUGCUACUGUCUAUUCUGUACUAUAUGUGGACACUAUCUAAGUCAAAACUGACAGAAAAACUGAUGUAGAAGACUGGAAAACUCGAGAAAUUUCUACAAAGUUCGAUGCAAACCGCGAAAAUAAAAAUCUUAACAUGGCAUUUUUGGGGGCGAUUUGCGACGUUUGGCGCACAAAUGCAAGAAUUCAAGGAUUUUUUUACGAAUUUCGUUGUGUUAUUGAAUAUAAUGAUGUUCAAACUACAUUACAGAUUCAUACUCUUUCAAUGAUUUGAAACAUCAUAAAAUCAACAUCAGACUUACAACGGGCCCUGCAGUAACACCACAAGUCGAAAAACAGAUAUUUUUCCAGCUUUUGAUUCUCUUGGAGUCUGGAAUUAUAGGAUCGUGACGUCACAAUAAAUCGCGUUCUCGUAAAAUUGAUUCGAAUUAAUCCCGGCUGGUCGACUGUUACGUCACAAAGCCUCUAACUCUGACAGAUGUCAGCUCGAUUUCUGACGAAACAACCAUUAUUGUGACGUAGACGUGACGUAACAGACGAUGCUGGUCUUUGUUUGUUUCAUAUAUUGGAUCAUAUUUGGUAUUGUGACGUCACAGAGCAACGAUGCGCCAUACUUCACUAAUGGUUGGCAUUGGCAAUUUUCUGAAGGCGACGUCAUUGGUUCGCAACCUCGCUCUGCCAUUUCUGGUCAAACCGUUCAACUGUUGGCUGGCGACGAAAGGUCACGACCCUUGACCUUUAGGGUCAAAGGUGACAUCGGGUUGAGAUAUUUUACAGUGGAUUCGAAAACCGGGGUUGUCAAACUGAGAAAGCAAUUUGACCGCGAGGUAGCAAGCAUGUACAAAGCACAAUUCAGCGUUAGUAAUGGAGUCUAUGAGUUGGACAAGAUUGCGUCAAUUAGCGUCACAAACAUAAACGACAAUGCCCCAUUAUUCGAACAUAAUCCAUACAUUGCUAAUAUACCCGAAGAUUUAGAGAUCGGAUCCGAAGUUCUCCGAAUCCAAGCUUCGGAUCCCGACACUGGGUUCGGAGGAAUUGUGCAAUUCUCAUUAGACGAGGCACGUGACUUCCCCUUCCACCUUGACCCCGACACAGGGGUCAUGACCUUGCAAUCUGACCUCGACUACGAACGGUUGCCAAGUUACCGGUUUGAUGUCACAGCACGUGACGGCGACUUAGACAAUCCGUUGUCAUCAUCCGUGCCCGUAGUUAUAACAAUCGAUGACGUUCAAGACAACGAACCUAGAUUCGUCCAUUUACCUUAUAAUAGAAGAAUAAACGAAGAUAUUGCAAAGGGCACCAGUGUUGUGACCAUUUCCGCCAUAGAUGGCGACAGAGGGCAGCCUAAUGACGUAGCUUACUCCAUUGUUUCCGGUAACGAAGACGGGAAGUUUUCACUAGAUUCCUCCGGUGACGUCAGAGUUGCGUCACGAAUCGAUCGUGACGUCAUCGGGUUUAGCGGAAGUUACGUAUUAACAAUUCGCGCGACUGAAAUACCAACGCGUGGAUCGAGCGGCGGCGCUUUUCGUGAGGUCAGCUUUGACGUCAUAGUUGAUGACGUCAACGAUGAACGGCCUCGAUUUGAACGACGUAGUUACAGAAUGAAUGUUCCUGAGACCACACCUGUUGGUACUGCGCUACCCAUGCUUAUACGGGUCGAAG